CAGCCGAUCAGUUAACCGUUGCGUCAUUGUUGUUGCUUGACCUUCUUGACAAAGAGGACGACCAAGCGCACAGUCAGUUGUUAAUCCUAUCAUGGCUUUAAGCGAGAUCAAGAAGUACGAGCAAGAUGGCGGAGAGGCCAAGGAAAUAGCUCAAUACCUCCCUUGGUUUCCCUUCAAAGGAAUCCCUCGAUUCUAUGACAUUGGUGGUUUCCUAUACGAGCCUGCAAUCUUCCAAAAGGUGGUGGAUAUUUUCGUGGAUCGCUACCGAGAAAUUGGAAUUGACUCUGUGGCUGGAUUGGAUGCCCGUGGCUUUAUUUUGGGACCUCCCAUUGCCCUGGCGCUGAAAAAACCAUUCAUCAUGAUGCGAAAAAAGGGGAAAAUGCCCAAUACAGUCAGCAGCGACGACUACAAGACGGAGUAUGGAUCCCGUUCUGGAUUGACGGUACAACGCGACAAAAUCACAAAGGGACAACGCGUCUUGAUCAUUGAUGAUCUGGUGGCAACUGGUGGAACCCUCAGCUCCGCCAUUUCUCUCGUGAAAAUGUUGGAAGGCAUCGUCGUGGAAUGCGCAUGUGUGGUGGAGCUCAAAAUGUUUAUUGAUCCUCCCGCUGACAGCGGAUUGCCCAGUCGAAGCAAAUUGUUCAAAGAUUUGGGCCACCAAGAUGUUCCCGUUUGGGGGCUCAUUUCCGAAGACAUCCUCACCAACAAAGCAAGUCUUCCUGAGGGGUAUGUGGAUGACGGAGAAGAGCAUUAGCCAAUCAAGUAGCAGAUAACUACUGAGGCGAAAAUUCUGUGUUAUAGUUUUGACGUUGAAACGACUAUUUACUUUCCUCCAUUGACAACAAUUCUUGCAUCUUCUACUAGCUACUGGUAGUAAAAUCUGUUCUUGCGAGGUGACCGUCCUCUAACUACCUGUACAUGUAAUGAUGCUGGGAGCGAGAACGAUCUUCAAAUCUGUAUCUAU